AUGGCCAGCUCAACGCCCCAGGAGGCCCAAUCCGCGGCCCAGGCCCAGGCCCAGCUCCAGCUCCCAUUGAGGCUGUCGACCCCUGGUGGCUGCUGCAUGGAUGGUGCCAGCUCUCAUGCUGCUGUGGCCCUGACAACUCAGAAUAGCUGUCAUUCCGCCACAUCUGCCAGUGGAUCUGAAGACGUGUUCUCAGCACUAUCCGGGCUUCGCGACGGCCAGGAGCCCUCAUCCGCCGCCGCCGCCGCCGCCGCCGCCGCGGCGUUGAGUAGUGUCUGGUCACCGCCAUGUCUGGAGACUUUGCCAAGCGAAGUGCUGGCUCAUAUUGCGGGUUUUCUCGAUGUUGAUGACUUGUUACGUGCGUCCCGUACAUGCCAUCGCCUUCGUACAAUCUCUCUUGACCCAUUGCUCCACUACUACCGCCUCCGCGAUGCUCGUUUUCUGCUUCCUCCGCUUCUCAACUCCCCAUGUCGUCCAUCGCUUACUGAGCUCAUGUCUCGUUCCAUCUUCUUGACCAACAAUACCGUCAUAUCACGGCGGCUGGCACGAUCUCUAGUCUCAAUUCGCCUCUCUCGUCGUCUCGCCUCACGGCCCUCUGCCAAGGACCUUGUGCAACGCUCUGUGUUGCCCCAGGAAUGCGUUCCGGGCAUGUUUCCGGUCCAUGUUGCCCCUGGCCUAGUGGCCAAGCGCAAGGCCAUUGAGAAGGAACGCCUGAAGGACGGGUUGAGACAAUGGAUUUCUGGCAAGUGGAAAGGAGAGGUCAAAGAGCGGGAGGAGGGUGUGCGUAGGUACGAUGAGAUUCGUGGCACUGGCCGCGUUUGGAGACUUCGCCGUUUCUGGGAGAGGAUGAGCCAUGGCGAGUUGUCAGCUCAUCAGAAUGAAAGCUCUAGAGGUCGUAUGGAGUCUCAAACAGGUUGGCAAUGA